GGUCAAAGUCAGAGUGGUGGACACGGGCCUGGUGGCGGCAAGAAGGAUGACAAGGAUAAGAAGAAGAAAUACGAACCUCCAGUUCCAACCAGAGUGGGGAAAAAGAAGAAGAAAACGAAGGGGCCAGAUGCCGCCAGCAAACUCCCCCUGGUGACUCCUCACACGCAGUGCAGGCUCAAAUUGUUGAAACUGGAGAGAAUUAAAGAUUACCUCUUAAUGGAGGAAGAAUUCAUCAGGAAUCAAGAGCAGAUGAAACCUUUGGAAGAAAAACAAGAGGAAGAAAGAUCAAAGGUGGAUGAUCUGAGGGGAACGCCAAUGUCCGUGGGAACCUUGGAGGAGAUCAUUGAUGACAACCAUGCUAUCGUGUCCACCUCAGUAGGCUCGGAACACUACGUCAGCAUUCUGUCUUUUGUGGACAAGGAUCUGCUAGAGCCAGGCUGCUCCGUUUUGCUAAACCAUAAGGUUCAUGCUGUGAUAGGAGUCCUGAUGGAUGACACAGACCCAUUAGUUACCGUGAUGAAAGUGGAGAAAGCUCCUCAAGAAACGUAUGCGGACAUUGGUGGCCUUGACAACCAGAUUCAAGAAAUCAAGGAGUCUGUGGAGCUUCCUCUCACCCACCCUGAAUAUUACGAAGAGAUGGGUAUAAAGCCACCCAAAGGAGUCAUUCUGUACGGCCCCCCUGGCACAGGUAAAACUUUACUAGCCAAAGCAGUGGCAAACCAAACUUCAGCAACCUUCCUGAGAGUGGUGGGUUCAGAGCUCAUACAGAAGUACUUGGGUGACGGCCCAAAGCUCGUGCGCGAACUGUUCCGUGUGGCUGAAGAGCAUGCUCCGUCCAUUGUCUUCAUUGAUGAGAUCGAUGCCAUCGGUACAAAGAGGUACGACUCAAAUUCAGGCGGCGAGAGAGAGAUCCAGCGUACGAUGCUGGAGCGGCUGAACCAGCUGGAUGGGUUUGACUCACGGGGGGAUGUUAAAGUCAUCAUGGCUACAAACAGAAUAGAAACGCUGGACCCAGCUUUAAUUAGGCCAGGACGUAUCGAUAGGAAAAUCGAGUUCCCUCUACCCGACGAGAAGACCAAGAAGCGCAUCUUUCAGAUUCAUACGAGCAGGAUGACGCUGGCAGAUGAUGUGACUUUGGAUGAGCUGAUCAUGGCGAAAGAUGACCUCAGUGGUGCAGACAUUAAGGCCAUUUGUACGGAAGCUGGAUUGAUGGCUCUGAGGGAACGGCGCAUGAAGGUAACGAACGAGGACUUCAAAAAGUCUAAAGAGAAUGUUCUCUACAAGAAGCAGGAGGGAACCCCUGAGGGACUGUAUCUGUAAGUCAUCCUGUCC